UAUUUAUUUAUUUAUUUUCAGAUACUGUCAAUCCCAGUGGGAUUUUUACAGGUUGGGCAUAUAUUAUAAGCUCACAAAUAGCGAUGAAAACAGGUUUACAUAAUUUCAACAAUGAUAUUUGUAAUCGACACGAAGCAGAUAUACACAUAUGGCAGGAAAUAAAACACGAAUGAUACAGUGCAUUUGGCAAGAAGGGGUGAAAUUGCAUAGGCAAAUACAAUGAUUAUACAGAUUUUAUUCUAUACAACGACGUGAGUGGUGUGUUAUUUCCGGCUAGCAUAAUCUAAUUAUUGCGCAACAGUUCUUCUACAAUGGUUACAAAUUUCGGCACAUAAUGUCACAUGGUGCAGAGUUAGCGGGAAUAGCAGGCAAGCUACUGACGUUGACAGUGCCAAUGAGGAGAUUCUCCGGGACUUUUGAUAGGGAUAAGCAAACGUGCGACUGUGAAAAUGACUGCUCCAUAGUGGUUCGCAUGGAGUAAAUUAUAUUUUUUUUCCGAGUUAGAACAAAUUGCCAUUAUCUCUCUCUCUCUCUUUAACAAUAACAAUAAUAAAUAACAAUAAAAACACACGAGUUUAAUAAGAAAACUAAGUACGAAAACCUGGGCUCGUGUUAUGAUCGAGGGCAUUGUAUAUACCUUUUAUUUCUCGCCGUGCAUACCGAGUGCGUGUCAUGAUCGAGUAAAUACGAUAGGUGGGUAUGAACAAGGACUUUUUGAGCGCCAAUAGUGAAACGUUCAUGAAAAGCUGGGUAAAUCUCUCGCACGGUUCGCAUGUACUUCGCUCAGUAGGAACCUCAAAGAUGCCUUUCCCAAGGAUAGGUCAACGAAGAAAUCAGAUUGAUGACACUAGUUUUCGGCCUGCCACGACGUAUUCGCAAUUUUUGCUUAGUUUCUUUCAAGUAGGAACAAAGGGUAUGGGGGCCUCGCAGGGGAAACCACAUACUGAUGUAGUCACGGCAAAAAAAAAAAAAAAAAAUUGUCAACCUUGCGCGAGUGUCAUUCGUGUCGUGUCCGUCCCACUGACGCAGGCGCGCGCUCGACAGCGGUCGGGCUCGGUGCCGCGCCUGAUCCUCGCCAAACCCACGCCGUCGCGCGCCUCCUUCUGCGGCGCCGUGUUGCUCUCGAUAAUCGUGCUGUCCGCCAUCGCCGUGUUCGCCAUCCGACAGCUGCGGCGCAUGCUGGACGAGGAAGGCGCGGAACCGUGCGGCACCGACGACUGCCUCCUGCACGCUGAGUUCCUCAAGAGUCACCUGAACACCGCGUCGGACCCGUGCACCAACCUGUACGCCUACGUGUGCGGGUCGCACGGUGGCCAGCGGGCCUCCACCGACGACGACGGCGAGGGACCGAACAACGCCACCUUGGAGGACGAGGUGAUGCGGCUGUACGCCAAGGACCUUGCGCUCGACGCCCGCUUACCGAUGGACUCGGCGACGGGAGGGACACGUCUUCCGUCGUCCGCGGGCGACGUGGCCGUCGCGUCGCUCCGCGAGUCCGGGGCGUUCAGGACAUGCCUCGAGAGGUCGUCCAAAGAACCGCAAGCGUUCGCCGAGUUCAUGAGGCAGCGCGGAAUAGCGUGGCCCCGCCGGGUCGACGGCGUCGCGGUCGCGAAGUCCACCGUCCUGGAAGUCCUCUUCGACCUGACCGUGAAUUGGAAGGUGUCCCUAUGGUUCGACCUCAGGGUCUCCAAAAUCGUCGGGAACGUCUCGGGGCUGGUCAUCCGGGAACCCGGGCCGCUGGUUCUCUUGAGGAGGAGACAGUUGCGAGCAAUCGAGUCCCUGGUGGAUUACGCGAGCCUCGUGAGGAGUGUCGCCGAGUUUCUCCUCAAUGCCAACAGCAGCGACGCCGGAACGCUCACUGACGACGAGGUUCGCGUCCUGUACUGGGACGACACGGGCAUGCGGUCGAUGCUGGACUCGUUGAGAGACGAAGACGGACAAGACGAGACAUUCACGCUCAAGAAGGUCGUUGCGCUUACGACAGUCAACGAUACGUCGCUGCUGACGCUUCUCAAGAAGUACUUGCCCGUGAACGACACUCUCCUAGAGUCUACCGCUGCCCUCGUCUUCAAUGAACGCUUACUGCGCGCCAUAUUUGCGUUUCUUUCUCGUCUUCCGGCCCGGCGGGCACUCGACUUGAUCGGCUGGACGUUCGCGUACACCUACAUCUGGAUGGUGCACCCUGACUUCGACCAUCUCGCGCCUCCAGCGGACGAACGCUACCGGGACAGCGGCGUCGACAACAGGACGCUCUGUUUCCACGCGGUGCAAGAGUCCUUCGGUCUGCUGCGCAUCGCGCGUAACCUCCACGAGCGGGGCGUCGUUCCAAAUUUCGUCGACAAGGCAGCCGACGUCGUCCGCGGCAUCAUACUGGUCCUUGUCGAGUGGAUCGUUCAGUCCGACGUCAUCUCCAACGUUAGCAAGAGGACGGCGGCGGAAAAGGUCUUGCGGAGCGUCUCCGUACCUGCCAGUCUCCCGGCGGAGUUGCAGGACCCCGGCCCUGUGGACUGGAUCUACGCCAGCUUUCCGGACAACUACCCGUCCUUCUUCGACGCGUGGCUCACCACGCGGGACGCGGGCAGCUCGGCCGACUUGCGCAGCGUCUACGAGCACCCCGUCGUCACAAGCAGGUAUCGAUGGCGCAGCAAGAACAUCAUUUACCUGUCGUCGACCAACACGCUGAUGUCCAGGAUCGCGGCGUUCUACCCGCCUUCGUACUAUCAGCACGGCUCCGUCAGCAUGUCCUACGCGGGCGUCGGCUUCCAGGUGGCCGAAAACGUGCUCGGAGCCAUCGUGGACCGCGGACGCGGCGUGGACGACACCAACGCCAAGCGCUUCUGGUGGUCGGCGAGCGAGAGCUGCCAGUGGGACCUCGCCAAGUCGGACGAAGAGAAAGCCGCAGCACGCCGCCUGUUCGCGCUGAGGAUCGCCACGGAGGCCCUGCAGAGGCACGUGAACGACUCGCGAGACGCCUUCGUCCAGCUCAAGUCGAUGGAGCAGAUGUCCGGCCGGCAGACGUUCUACGCGAGCUUCUGCAGCCACUUCUGCCGCCGUCCAGACGGCGAGGCCGCCUGCAACGUUGCCAUGCGCGAAGAGGAAUUCCAGGACGCCUUUCGCUGCCGCUGGUGGUGGUCCCGCUUUGGGAAGCACAAUGCCAGCUGCAUCGUCGUCUGAGAACCUAUUGUGCAGAGUGAUCGCGGUGCGACGGUAUAGCAAUGUCGAUCACCUUGGCGCAAACGCUCUUCAUUUUUUGCACGUCACUGUCAUAUGUAAACAAACGUUGCUUUCUUUUUUUCUCGAAACGCUCAAACUCCGUCUGCUGCGGGACUGCGUGAACGACGAAGCUUUUAA